UGGCGUCGACGCGGCGCCGUCCAACUCGCAUCUCGAACCGCGCACACGCGCCGCCAGAGAAAUUCGACUAUAGCAGAGCUGUGCCACACGUCUCAGCGUACCAGCUGCACCCGUCCGCGGCACAAAUCACGACGUAUCAGACGUCCAGCGCAGCGCCAGCUCGAAAGUUUGCAGCAGCAACUGCAUCGCUUCGGCACCACGCGCGCGCGGCCCCGACGCGCGCCGUACAACGCCAGCGCACCCCCGUAGACGUAUAGCGUUACGGGACAGCAGCCAGACCUCUGAAAAGACAGCCGACGCGCUACCGGCCAAACGAUGGGCAAGGGCGCGCGAGCCCAACCGUUAGAAAGGCCCUGGGACUUCGUCUACCGCACGCAAGAGGAGCCGCACGCGAUAAGAAGACGAGCCAUCCUCAAGGUCCACCCGGAAAUCCAGAAAUUGUUCGGUUAUGAACCCCUCACGAAAUACCUCGUUGUGUUGACCGUGGCCCUCCAGGUCUGGGUCGCGUCGUAUGUGAAGGAGUGGCGGUGGCCCUACUACCUCGCCGCGACCUACGUGAUCGGAGCGACGGCGAACCACUCGCUGUUCCUCGCGAUCCACGAGCUCGCGCACGGCCUGGGGGCCAAGUCCUGGGCCGAGAAUCGAUUGAUAGCCAUGGUCGCGAACUGUCCCAUUACGAUAGCCUACGCGGUCACAUUUAAACCCUACCACAUGGCCCACCAUGCCCAGCAAGGUGAUGAUGGUAUUGAUACCGAUAUACCCACAUACCUCGAAGCGUGGUUGAUUUCUGGCACGGCGACCUCCUACAUAGAUCACACUCUACGAAAGUUCGUCUUCAUGUUCUGCCAGAUUUUUGGGUACGCCUUGAGGCCCAUGAUCGUGAAGCCCGACUUGGUCCCGGUCGAUCGGUGGAUAUUGCUGAACUGGGCCGUGGUCCUGGCCUUCGACGCGGUCAUACUCACGUGCUUCGGGCGGUCAGCUUUAUUAUAUUUGCUGCUGUCCACCUUCUUCGCCGGGUCGAUCCAUCCCACCGCCGGCCACUUCAUCGCGGAACAUUAUGUUUUUGAGGGCACGGCCGAGACCUACUCCUACUACGGGCCCUUGAACGCCCUGGCGUACAACGUGGGCUACCACAACGAGCACCACGACUUCCCGAGCGUGCCCUGGUCGCGGCUGCCGCUGGUGACGCAGAUCGCGCCGGAAUUUUAUAGUGACCUGCCGCAGUGCUAUAGUUGGCCGGGCACGGUCCUGCGCUACAUCUUCGACGACGCCAUCUCGCCCUUCUCGCGCGUCAAGAAGCGGCGCGACGAGAAGGCGGACUAGUUUUGCGCGUAAAUCUGUAGUAUCUAUUGCCGUUUCAACGCCCUCGCCGAGC